AAUUUGAUGUAACAAUUCCCUUGUUUCAGAAGACUGCCUCAAGAUGGUUCGGAUGAACUCACUUGCUGAUGCACUUAGAUGCAUCAACAAUGCAGAGAAGAGAGGAAAGCGCCAGGUUCUCCUGAGACCCUGCUCCAAGGUCGUUAUCAGGUUCCUCACCGUCAUGAUGAAGCACGGUUACAUCGGAGAGUUUGAGGUCGUAGACGAUCAUCGUGCCGGAAAGAUUGUUGUCAACCUAACUGGAAGACUUAAUAAGUGCGGAGUCAUUUCUCCCAGAUUUGAUAUCGGAAUCAAAGAUAUUGAGAAGUGGACAAACAACCUACUUCCCUCCAGGCAGUUCGGAUACGUCGUCCUGACAACCUCCGGAGGCAUCAUGGACCACGAGGAGGCCAGGAGGAAGCACCUCGGAGGAAAGAUCUUGGGAUUCUUCUUCUAAACAAAUUCCGUUACGUAAAUCAUCUUGAAAACACCACUUCAAUGAACUGCGGUUGAACUUCUUCUGCUUUCAGAAAAAA